AUGCAUCACGCCCCUCCUCCCUCUUCAUCGGGGGACCUCCCUCUCGUUCCAGCUUCUGAAAACAAUUCCUCCAUUAACUGGGUCCCGGCAACCCUUGCCAAUCAACCAAUAUCCCGAAAAGAGGAUUAUUCCAAAGAAACAGGAGGCAUCUGGGGUGAGGGAUGCAGUGCGGCGACAUCCCUCGCAGAUAAUCAAGAUGAGAUCACGCUGCGCUCAUCACUGGCGCGGCACUUCCGCGCCAACAUAGACACUACACACACCGAUAUCGUUCUGAUCAUCUGUGGCUUUGUCAGUGGUCUCGUAGAUGGCCUAUCAUUCAACGCCUGGGGAAGUUUCGCCAGUAUGCAAACAGGUAUGCCUCCACCUCACCCUCUGAGUUCCGCCCAAACAACUGCUAACCAGCCACGCGCAGGAAACAGCGUCUUCAUAGCCCUAGGUGCCUCAGGCCAACCCGCCUACCCAGCCUACCUCUGGGCCAAAUCCUUAAUCGCCCUCACGGUCUUCAUCGCCAGCAAUAUCCUCUUCAUCCACGCUUCGCGGGCCCUCGGUCCCCGCCGCCGCUCAACCCUAAUCCUAUCUUUCACUGUCCAAACCACCGCUCUCCUGGCGGCAGCCAUACUCGUCCAGCUAGGGAUCAUCAACCCCAAGCCCGAGGACCCUCGAGCCCCCAUCGAGUGGAUGCAAGUCCUCCCCAUCUCACUGCUGUCCUUCCAAGCGGGCGGACAAAUUGUAACGUCCCGGGUGCUGGGUAUCGAUGAGAUCCCGACCGUGGUGUUGACCACGCUGCUCUGCGAUCUGCUAGUAGAUCCAAAGUUAACUGCAAAGGCUAACCCGAAGCGCAAUAGAAGGGCUGGGGCCUUCCUGGCGUUGUUUCUGGGCGCCAUGACUGCUGGAGGGCUGUCAAAGGUUACAGAGAUGGCAACUAGUUUGUGGUUUGCUUUUGGAUUGAAGUUUCUCAUCACGGUUGGGUGGUUUGUGUGGAAGGGGGACGGGAGGAGAGAGGGAAAGAGAGAUAUUGAGGGUUGA